GUCCUGCCGGUAAUGUUUCAAUAAAGUUUAUUCAAAUAAACACCGUGACGUCAGGACACACAAUGGCAGCCAGUGGUACAGCUGUGACGGUUCUGACUCCUAAUGGGAGAAGACAAGCGGUUAAAGUGUCUCCAAACACACCGCUAUUACAGGUGCUGGAGGAUGUCUGCAAAAAGCAUGGAUUUAACCCCGACGACCACGGUUUGAAGUUUCAGAGGACUGCUGUUGACCUCACGCUGCAAUGGAGGUAUGCCAACCUGCCCAACAAUGCGAAACUGGAAAUGGUGACAAGUACAAGGAAACAGGCUGUAGCUGACAGCCAGGUGCGGAUUGCACUACAGAUGGAGGACGGCUCUCGGCUCCAGGGUUCCUUCUCCUCUGGACAGAGUCUGUGGGAACUGCUCACACAUUUUCCCCAGAUCAGUGGGUCAGAGCUGUCGGAGUCAGAAUCCACCCCUGUGUGUGUUUACAUGAGAGAUGAGGUGAGUGGUGAAGAAGCACUCAAGAAGGCCACUCUGAAGUCUCUGGGUCUUACAGGAGGAAAUGCCAUUGUCAGGUUUUUACUCAAAAAGAACAAAGCACAGGGAGAGGAAGACUGCAAAGAAGCCACUGAAACAGCUGCUGUGCCAACCCCACCUGUUGCCAAGGAAACCACAGCUAGCCCAUCUUCUCAGCCCGAUCGUGCUCCGUCACAUCCAGAGACGUCAACAACAGUGGUGCCAAUUAAAAACUGUCAGCCAAUCAAAGUCCACCCUGCUCCAACUCCUGCACCAACUCCUGCACCAACUCCUGCACCAACUCCUGCCACAAGCAGCACACUUCCUGUUCAAAAGAAGGAGGUUCCAGACUCCCAGGAUGCAGUUCGGCCAAAGAUUGCUCCCGUCGAGAGAGGAACGCCAGAGGAGGAUGGCGAGGAAGCGGGGCCAUCAGGACUGAACUCUCACCCAUCUUCCUCCUCCUCCUCAUCCUUCUCCGCUCCCUCGGCUCCUUUCAUUCCCUUCUCUGGAGGCGGUCAGCGCCUCGGGGGUCCCCGGGGAGGUGCAGCGGGACGCUCACUAUCUUCAUCCUCUUCAUCCUCAUCUCUGGCAGCAGUAGCAGAAUCACCUAAAGCCAAGAAAGCAAAAUCCAGCCACGGUUCUAGCGCCAAGCGUCAAACCACUGCCAACCAGCCAGAUGAGGACAUGGAUCACGGGGAGGAGUUCUUGGAGCCAGUAGAACGGGAGGUUCUCAUCUACCACCUGGACUCAAUGUCCCGUCACUCUGCGGACCACAGGGAUCUGCCCGACGAGUUCUUUGAAGUGACGAUGGAUGAUGUGCGCAAGCGCUUCGCCCAGCUGAAGAGCGUGAGGAAGUUAAUGGAGGAGGCUCCGCUGAUGACUAAAUCUCUGAGAGAAUCACAGAUGAAGGAGAAGAUGGCAAGAUAUCCCAAAGUGGUCCUGAGGGUCCAGUUUCCAGACAGACAUGUUCUACAAGGCUUCUUCAGGCCCCUGGAGACAGUUGGUGCCGUGAGGAGUUUUGUUCAGAGUCACUUGGAGGAUCCUCAGCUCAGUUUCUACCUGUUCAUCACCCCCCCAAAAACCAUCCUGGACGACCCCUCGGCUACACUGUUUCAGGCCGACCUGUUUCCUGGCGCUCUGGUGUACUUCGGCUCUGAUGCUAAGACAGAUUUGUACAUGAAGAGGGAACUGGUUGAAUCCUCUGUCUCGGCCUUGCAAGCAAAUGAGUCCAUUGCUAGCUGCAUGCUCCGCUCUCCGACACCUUCCUCCAGCACUGAGGGCUCAGAGGAGCCGCUGCCUCCUCCAGAGCCGAGGGCGGACACCAGUGGGUCCACACAGGACGAGGGAGACCUGUCUACACAAACCCAGGCUGCUAAACCUACCAGAUCUGAGCAGAGCAAGGUGCCCAAGUGGCUCAAGCUUCCAGGUAAGAAAUAAGACUUCUGCUGCUGCUGCCGUGUGUUGAUGGGACGACUUCACCCCUGACGUCUGACAAGCUGCUUGCAGACGAAGUAGAGCACUUAAACGUUUGCUGCGCUUUAAUAAAGGCUCAACUUUGUGACAGCAGCGGACUAAAUCCAUCGUGGAAGAAGCCUGCACUUGACUAGGUUUUAAAACAGUCAAAAUAAUGAGAUAAACGACUGAGUAAAUAUUGCAUAUUUCAUUGCCAAGAGGAUUGUUGUGUUUCAUUCCGGUUGAUCUCCGGGAGGAGAGAGGCUGCUUUUAUUCAGCAGGUGAAAAUGUAGUGAAAAGUGAAUAAAGAUUGUUGUA